UUAUUGGCAUAUGAAUUUGUGCAUUAGUCAAGCUAUGUUGAUAUGAUUUUAAAGCAUAAAACCAUUGGUGGAUUGUUAUUGUAAUUAAAGGGAAAUAUUUAUGUAUAUAUAUGUGUGUAUAUAUAGACAUAAUAGGCUUGAAAAACUCACUCAGCAAUUGCCCAAAAUUAUUUGUAUUUAGAAAUUUAACAGCUGACAUAAAAAAAAACAAAAAAAUCAAAAAAAAAAAAAUCAGACUAUGUCCGCCUCACGUCGUUUAAGUCGCGAACUAAGCGAUAUUCUGGCUGCCAAGUCGAAAGUCCUGCGCAAUAUCGAAGCAUCGGAUGAGUCCUUGCUGCUGUGGACGGGGCUGUUGGUGCCAGAGAAGGCGCCCUACAAUAAGGGCGCCUUUCGCAUUGAGGUUAGCUUCCCAGCACAGUAUCCCUUUAUGCCCCCGAAGAUACUAUUUAAGACCCAAAUCUAUCAUCCCAAUGUCGAUGAGAAGGGUCAGGUGUGCCUGUCCAUUAUAACAGUCGACAACUGGAAGCCCACAACGCGCACUGAGCAGGUGUUCCAGGCUCUCAUUGACAUUGUGCAUAACCCCCAGCCGGAGCAUCCAUUGCGCUCUGAUUUGGCCGAGGAGUUUGUCAAAGAGCACAAAAAGUUUAUGAAGGCCGCGGAGGAGUUUACCAAAAAGAAUGCCGAAAAGCGUCCCCAGUAAAUAAGAAUUAAAAAAAAUAAUAUAAAAAUCAUCGCCAAAAUCUGGCUACAACUGGAAGAACCUUAUCUAUGCAAAAUUCCAUAUAGUACAUGGUCUUCAAACUAUUUAUUGCUGUCCUUUGUUGAAAAUUCAAUUAAAUUUAGUAGCUGCUCACACAUAAUCCUAUAAAUACAAACUGAACUAUUA